UGUGACAAUCACUGUUCAUAUCGAACACACCCGAUUUUAUUUUUCCCAUAAUUCUUUGCAACGUGCUUGGCCGACCCUAACAAUAGGCGCUAAGUUAUACCCGGCCGAGCUGUCCAGCAAUAAAGACGUGCUUAGUGUGUGAAGGGGGUAUCGUGUUAGAAGCCUGUGUGGCAUGUUUUAGUUUCACAAGUUCAGCAUUUGACGCGGACACGGAUAGCUGACCGUGUGUCAUAUUGUUGAUGUUGAUGACGACGAUGAUGUUAUGAUGUCGAUGACUACGAUGAUGAUGAUGGUCAUGUCGAUGAUGAUGGUGUAGAUGAUGUCGUUCAUGGUGAAGUCGAUGACGAUGCGAUGUUCAUGUUGAUGACGACGAUGAUGUUAUGGUGAUGAUGACGACGAUGAUGAUGGUCAUGUCGGUGAUGAUUAUGAAGUAGAUGAUUAUGGUGAUGACGAUGAUGUCUAUUAUGAUUAUGGUGUUGUAGGCGAUGGUGUUGACGAUAGUGUCGAUGAUUAUGAUGGCGAUGGUGAUGAUGAUGAUUGUGGUGACGAAACUACUCUAGUUGUGGUUGUCCGUAGUUGGUCCAGGACUACAGCCCCGGAGAUUCGGACACUCUUCUAAUUUAUUUUUGGUCAUUUGUAUAAACAUCAUAUUUUUUCUUGUUGAGUGAAAGGUGUGUGAGUGUUUGUGUGGUUUAGUGUUUAUAUUUCUAUCUUUUCUUUCUUUCUCUUAUUUUUUUUGUUAUUAAAUUUUGUUAAAUUUAAGAUGUCUUGUUGUUGUUUGGAGUAGCCUCCGCUCAUCCCGUUACAAUUGGUGGCAGCGGUGGGAUGAGUUGACUCCUCCAGAUACUACAAGAUAUCUUUAUAAGUGAACAGUUGCCAAGGUUUAUUUUAUUUUUCAUUUUUUGAUCUCUUUUGUAGUACAUGUAAGAGCAAGUGUAGGUCGUUGUUUCCUUUUCCAUUGGUGAGUACAUUACGUUAGGCAGAUUGUUUUGUUAAAAGUUGAGAAGUUAGUCCCUUUAUGAGAUAAUUUUGAGGUAAGUUGGUCUGUCAGUCAAUGCACCAUGUCUACUGUCAAGGAGAUGCUGGAGCUACUUGAAGUGGGGACCAAGAUGGGGAUGAAGGAUGAAGACCUUCAACAAUUCGUGAAGGACGAACAGGCCAGAAUGCGGGACGAACGUGAGAAACAUAGAGUCGAGAGACAGGAGGAGAGAGACCAGGAGGAGAAAGACCGCGACUUCAAACUACAGAUGGAGAAAGAGCGCGCCGCAAGAGAACAUGAUGAGCGAGAGCACGCCCGAUUGAGAGAACAUGAUGAGCGAGAGCACGCCCGAUUGAUAGAAGAAAAGAGACAUCAGCAAAAACUAGAAGAACUGGAACUUGAUCACAAACUGCAACUCGAGAGAUCUCACAUGAAGCCGAGUGUUGUGACUAAAGAGGAGAAAGAAACUUCUCAAGUGAUAAAAGGACCAAAACUUCCUCCGUUUGAGGAUUCGAAAGACAACAUUGACGCGUACAUUCAAAGAUUUGAGAUAUACGCAACAACGCAGAAAUGGAAUAAAGACACGUGGGGGACUCAUCUUAGCGCAUUACUCAAAGGAAAGGCACUGGAUGUGUUCGCAAGACUCUCACCCGAAACAGCACUUGAUUUCAACGAGUUGAAGAACGCCCUGUUGAAACGAUUUGACAUGACGGAGGACGGUUUCCGCAAGAAGUUCCGAUUUUCAAAACCAGACGGAAGUGAAACUUUUAUGCAAUUUUCUACCAGACUGGACAGUUACCUUGAGCGGUGGAUUCAGCUGUCUAAGACUAACAGGACACUCGAUGAUCUGAAGGACUUGUUCUUACGUGAACAGUUUUUAUUGUGUUGCUCGAAAGAACUUGCCUUAUUCCUAAAGGAGAGGAUUCCUACUUCGAUCCAAGACAUGGCGCGAUACGCGGACCAGUUUGCUGAGGCCAGAACAGUGACAUCUUCUUCACUUACGCAAAAACCGUUCUUUGACAGACGACAGCAGUCCGAUAGACAACCGCCGUACAAAGAUUCCGUGCAACAAAACCAAUCUGGAAAUGCAGUGAAGUGUUAUGAGUGCGGACGACAAGGACAUAAAGCCUUUAACUGCAACUUCCGCAAAAGUCCGAAUAACAGGCCGUUUAAUUCGAGCGAGAAACAAGAAACAACACCGAAACAUACUUACCCUAGUGAUUUUCAACGUGGGUCGUACAAUAAUGGGAACCAUGGAUAUCCAGGACGCGGUAGAGGUCGCCAAGGAGCCGCGAGUGUCGUCGAGAAACAUGGAAACUUACCGUGUGUUGGUGAUUCGGUUGCUUUCUGUGAAACGGAAAUGCCAGUUGUGAAAGGAUGUGUUGGCAAUAAACUAGUGACUGUGCUAAGAGACACAGGUUGUAGUGGUGCCGUUAUUCGUAGAGAACUGGUAAACGAUGAUCAACUAACAGGGACAUCUCAACGAUGCAAGUUAGCAGACGGUCGUAUUAUUGAUUCAGAUGUGGCUAGAAUUGAUGUCGAUACUCCUUACUUUACCGGAAGUGUUGAUGCUUGGUGCUUUGAUUCGCCUUCGUACGAUCUUAUUCUUGGUAAUAUUCGUGGAGUAAGGAAACCACAUGAACCAAAUCCAGCCUGGAUUCAUUCCGUUGAAAACAUAGCAGCUGUUGAAACGCGUGCGCAACUGAAAAAGAAACAGUCUCCAUACAAACCAUUGAAAGUACCGGAAGCAAAACGGGAUGUAUCGCCGGAGGAUAUCUUACAAGAACAACGAAACGACGAGACACUGAAAAAGUUAUGGAGCUUAGCUGAGAGUGGACAGCUUAAACAUUUCAGUGACGGCGGAUUUUCAAAAAUGUGUGAACGGAAGCAAAUGUUGUUCAGAGAAUUUUGCAGUCCCAAAGUGUCCAGUGGAAAACUUUUCCGACAGUUAAUCGUUCCCCGGAAAUACAGAACUAUCGUUAUGAAGAUAGCACAUGAAACGCUGAUGGGUGGUCAUCUGGGAUCAAAGAAAACAACCGACAGAGUAGUGUCCGAAUUUUACUGGCCAGGAAUUCAGUCAGACAUUAGACGGUUUUGCAGAUCAUGUGACGUGUGUCAGCGGACUAUUCCGAAAGGAGAAGUACCUGCAGUAUCGUUAGGACAGAUGGACUACAAGAUCGAUAUGGGAGGCAAGCUGAAAACUUUCCACGCAAAUCUUCUUAAGAAGUAUGUUGAACGAGAUACAUUGAACUGUGGUGUUUUGUCAACAUGUGCAAUUUCACUCAUAGACUUUAGUGACCUAGAUGAUGAUGAACAACAGGACUCUAUUCUUAUGCCACCUGUUACUCAAACCGAAACAGCAAAGGACAUAAAGUUUGCAGACAGACUAACACCAGAUCAGUUGGAAACUGCUAAAUCACUGUGUGAUUCGUUCUCAGAUGUAUUUACGGAUAUACCUGGAAUCACGAACUUAGUGGAGCAUAAGAUUGUUGUGACAUCGUCUGAACCUGUGCGUGUGAAACCAUAUCCAAUUCCGUUCAGUACAGAGAAAACAAUUACAGAAGAAGUUCAGAAAAUGCUACAGUUGAAUGUGAUUGAGCCAUCAUCUUCCCCUUAUUCAGCUCCAGUUGUCAUAGCUCGGAAGAAAGAUGGAACGAAUCGAUUUUGCAUUGAUUAUAGACGACUGAACUGUGCUACGGUAUUUGAUGCAGAACCAAUGCCCAGUCCAGAAAGCAUAUUUUCCAAAAUGACCGGAAAGAAGUUUGUGUCAAAGAUAGACUUAAGCAAAGGAUACUGGCAAGUACCGAUGGCUGACGAGAGUAAGCCGCUUACAGCCUUUUCCACACCAUCCGGAUUGUACCAAUUCAGGACAAUGCCGUUUGGUCUUGUAAACGCGCCGGCAACAUUUAGUCGUAUGAUGAGAAAACUACUUCAAGGUAUGAACGGCGUAGAAAACUUUAUCGAUGAUGUCAUUGUUUUUACAGAUACCUUUGAAGAACAUCUACACAUACUGAAGACUGUGUUCGAACGACUCAGAGAUGCGGGACUUACGGCCAGACCGACAAAAUGUUUCAUCGGAUUUGACAAGAUUGACUGUUUGGGACAUAUGGUGGGCAACAAGUGUCUAGAACCAGAACAGGACAAGAUUUUUUUUUUUUUUAUAACUGUUUUUAUUACCCCAGAACAUGUAAGAGUAUUCUUAUAGCCAAGGUUGGGGAGCCUUGGAGUCUAUAAGUUAACAUUAUAUAUACUGAAAAAAAUUUUGAAACGGGGUGUUUUUACAAAUAACAUCAUUCAUACACCCACUCAUUCAGUUGCAUGUAUAUGCACAUUACUCUACAUCAUAAUCAAGUACAAAAAAUCAGCAUUUUACAGUAAACAAAAAUAAAUUACUUUGUAAUAUCCAAGAUCAUAGGGGCAAAAGGCUUAAAAUCAACAAUCAUUAUUAAAGGACAACCUCGCCCAUCUUACAUGAAAUUUCUCUAAUUCACAAUUUUUCGUGUAAAUAAAUUUUUCACAUUUGUAGUAAUAAAGUAUUUCACGUUUGAUUCCAGUAAAGGAGGGUAAUUCUUUUCUACUCCUUUUUCUAUAUAUAUGUCUCUUUACAAUACAUAUUAUUAUAUUGAAAAUGUUAUAAUAUUUGUAGUAUCUACCAAAUAUAACAUCUAUUUUGUUCAAUGGUAUAUCUAAUUCAAAUUCGUCCUUCAUCCAAACUAGUAAAUUAUCCCAGAUUUCACUCACAUAUUCACAUUCCCAAAAAAGAUGACAAAUAGUUUCUGCAUUACAUCUACAAAAUGUACAUAACUCUGAUUCAACUAUUCCUAUCUUACAUAAAUAAGUAUUAGUCGCAAUAAUUCGAUGUACAAUCCUGUAUUGAAACCAUCUUAAUUGUACGUCGUUAGUUAUUUUGAAAAAUAAUAAGUUUUGUCUUUUCCACCAUAUGUUAUUUACAUUCAUGUCUAGUUCCUUUUCCCAUUUCAAUUCUGAUUUUGGUUUAUUCCAUUUCUCAUCAAUAAAAAUAUCAUAAAAGUC